AUGGACCCUCCACAGAUUUCACCUCCUGCAGUUUGCGCUCAGUCUGUCUGUCUUUCUGUCUGUUUCUUUCCCUCUCUCCGUCUCUCUCUCUCUCUCUCCUUUGCAGAUAUUCAGUGCGCAUCUCCUCUCUGGAUCCUGUUUUGGACCCCUCUCUCAGAGAAUCGUGGGAAUUUUCUCCAACUUGAAGCAGCAAGAAAAAAAAAACUUGUGUGCAGCUGUUUGAGCUCAUCAGGCGUGACGCUUCAGCACAGUCGUUUCAUUGAGAACAUGAGCAGCUCUUUGGAGAGGGUUGUUGCCCAGAAGAAGGAGGCCAUCGAGGCAGUGAUGGACAUGUUUGAGAGGGGGGCCGAGGUGUUGGCCAGCGCUGUGGGCGAGCUGUUUCCGCUUUGCGAAGCCGCCGCUCCGGUUCUGCGUCUGGCCUUAGACAACGUCCAGAGCAAAGAGGUUUUCUACGUCAAAGAGCAGUUCCUAACUGUGAGGAACAAGCUGGAUGUGCUCUCCAGCCAACUGGAUGACAUCGACUGUGAGAUCAAGAAGGGCAGGCUGGACUCACAGUACUUCUCUGUGGAGGAGAACAUCAGGAAUCAGUUCAGGAAGUACAUGGACAUCCUGGAGGCAAAACCGCAGUUCAAGGAUGUGAAAACGAGGCUUUUUGUGGAGCACUUUGCAAAAACCGGAGGGGAGAAGAACCUGUUUGUGCUGUAUGAUGCUCUGAUGGGGACUAACAGCUUUGGAGAGUCAGUCUUAGAGCUGGUAGAAAGGUAUGUGGCGAGGAACCGCCGUCUCCUGGAAGAUUUCUGUGUCCGGAUGAAGGAGCUCUUCUGCUUGGGUCUGAUUGCUCUGCUGGGCCACUGUGCUUUAACCCAGGGCCAAGAGGAAGAACAGGACAAAAUCCAAGAGUGGAGCAGCAAAAUUGAAGAGGUAGAGUCCAGGAUGAAGACCACCAUUGAGUCCUGUGUUGCUGCCUUCCCAGAGCAAGCGAAAUUAGAUGCCCAGCGCCUCCUGCAAGAAACAGAGGGUGAAACCCUGCAGGAUACAACUCAGCAGCUUCUGGAGUUGUUGGUGAAAAAGUUCGACUGGGUGCACUGGUCAGUGCGGCUCAUCAACCACUCCGGCAGCACCUACCGCAACUGGCGAGCAGGGGAACAUUUCCACCACGUGGCGGGACAGAACUGGUUCGAGGUGCUGCAGGUGAACAACAUCAACCUGGUGGUGUCGUACAGCACCAAACCACAGCCGGUGCCCCGCGACUGCAUCCGGCAGGCGAUGGAGGGCCAGGGAAAGAAGGGAAACGCCCCAGCAGUGGUGGAGGUGCUGGAGAAGCAGCUGUGUGGGUUUGUUGUCCACGCAGUGAGCCGCCACAAGGAGUCUGCAGCCGCCUGGAGCUUUCCGGACGACUGCCAUUACUGGGAGAGGCACAAGAACGUGGCUGUUUGUGUGCACUCAGAGUGAAGCUGACACAUGCGCUGGAUUUUGGGGUUUUACAGUGGAAAGAUGCAUUUUAGCAGAGAUGUUCUUGAUUUGUGUGGCUGUAUAACUUUACUGUAAACUAAAAAAACUGAACCUCAUAAACAUGGGAUGCUCUGAUCUGAUGUGCUGCACUGAUUGGAGGUCUUUACUGUGAAGCAGGAUUUAAGAUUAGCGAGAUAACUUCAGGCUAAACUGGGUUUUUGUUAAACUACAGACAAUAAUGUAUUAAAACAACAAUUAAAAAGUAAUCAUUUACAUGUUAAUCAUACCAUCAAAAAAUUCUCAAAACAUUCCUCACUGCCUGUCAUUUUAAGGUUGCUCACAUCACACACGUGAUGCUGAUAAAUAUGAGAUUGAAAGUCAGAUAAGCUCAUAACUCUGGCUGUAAAGUCAAUUUAGAGAAGCAGUAGUGCAGUAUUUUUUGUCUGAAACAUGAAUUAUGAAGGACAAAAUAUAUAAGAAAAUAAAUGUACCCAGGUGUUUUGCAUCGCUGUUUUGUUUUUAUGUUACGUCACACAUAAAAGGACUUCCACUGGACCAUCCGCAUCAGAACAGCAGCGAUCAGAUCAGUGCAUCCGACCAGAGAAAAUUACUCGCUCUUUAUGUCGUACAUAUUUGAAAUACAGAGUUUUAGCCGUUUAAAUACUAACCACUAAAUAUCAAUUUGAAAUUUCUGGCUCACUAACAGUUUCACUCAGCUGCAUACAGUGAUAAUCCCGUCUCCCUUAAGACAUGUUUUCUGCAGACAUGGUUUCUGCUGAGGCUGCAUCCACGGCGCUCUGCUCCCAUUUUGUCUCUGCUCAGCAGGCUGGCCUACAUAACUCUGACAGGGAGCCGAGAGGUGACUUUUUCAGGCGUGAAAAACAGGAGACUUGGAGUUUGGCACCGGAGACGCGACAAUGUGCCUUGUGUUCUAAACACAGUCCUCAAUGCUGAACCGAAACCAGCGUUGACCAGUCUGUGCCUGCAAUUAUGUAAGGAACUGUGCUUACUGCUUCACUAUUCUGGUGACAAAUGAUCAUUUUUGUGUUUUGCACUUAAACCAGAUGUGAUUGACUUUAUUUUUUAAUCAUUUAUGUACAUUCCUCUGCCUAUAUUGGUGCCGUUUGUCUGCUUUAUCAUAGUUUACGCUAAGUGUUUUUCUUGUUUCACACAAACUAAUGUUUUUUUAAAUUUAAAUGGUAUCAACAAUUUUGAGGUAUUUCUCAAGUGAAAUGUGUCAUUUUUAGGAGUGUUUGCCAUCCACUUAAAACUUGAGAGCUGAACAAAUUCACACAAUGCUGAUUAAAGAGCCCAUAUUCUGCUUUUUUGGGGUUUCUCCCUUUCACUCAGUGUGUGAUUUAUGCAGCGAAGUACAUGUCAAAUUGACUUAUUGUCCUCCACAAAAAAUCUGCUCCUUACUUGCCUGAAACAUCUUUCAAGUUCAGGCUUUUCGUACAUUUCUUAUCGAUGCUAUCAAGAAUAAGCAGCUUCCUCGCAAUCUGACAUAAUUUCCUAACUGGAGCCAUUUCUUCUAGAGAUACAUCCCAAUUAUCAGAAAUCUGGGGUCACUAGCCAAUGUUACUUUUCUUUUGUCAGACCAGCCGACCAAUCAGAGCAGGCUGGGCUUCUCAGGAGAUAGGAUUUAAAGAGACAGGAGCUAAAAAGGAGCAGUUCAGACAGAGGUGCUCAAUGAACAUUGAAGCAUGUAAACAUAUUCUAGUUGACCACACAAGUAUAUUUUUAAACCUGGAAACGUGCAGAAUAUGGGCUCUUUAAGUCGAUAAUUUCCAUGUAAACCUCCCUGUAUUUCACAGUAUACCUACAGCAACUAGGAGUACAGUGAAGCCUACAGAUGGAAAACUUACAAAGCUUCCAGAAAAUAAACUCCACAUUACAGGUUUAAACCCCUAUUACACUCAACUAAUUGUUUAAAGUAGUGAAAUUGGUAUUUAUGCACAUCAAAAUGUAUCAUUCAUUUUGUUAAACAGCUUCAAUGUUCAUACCAAAGAAUCUCAAUAAAAUCAGUGCAUGACCAACAA